AUGGUUUCAUUAAACCCUAUAAGGAUUUUGAAGAAUGAAGCGGAAGAAGAAAAAGCAGAAGUGGCUCGUAUGUCAAGUUUCAUUGGGGCUAUUGCAGUUGGUGAUUUAGUAAAAAGUACCCUUGGACCAAAAGGCAUGGACAAGAUCUUGGUAUCUUACGGAAGAAACGCUGGCCAGGUUGAAGUUACAAAUGAUGGUGCUACCAUUUUGAAGUCCAUAGGAGUUGAUAAUCCAGCAGCAAAAAUUUUGGUUGAUAUGUCUAAGGUUCAAGAUGAAGAAGUUGGUGAUGGCACAACAUCUGUAACAGUUUUAGCUGCUGAAUUACUAAGAGAGGCAGAAAAGUUAGUUGAACAGAAACUUCAUCCACAAACCAUAAUUGCUGGUUGGCGUAUUGCUGUUGAAGCUGCCAGGCAGUCUCUGGCUGAGGCUAGCUUUGAUCAUGCAAAGAACAUGAAUGAAGCUGCUUUGAGGAGUGACUUGGAAAACAUUGCUCGUACUACCCUUAGCUCUAAAAUCCUUUCAAAUCACAAAGAACAUUUCACAAAGUUGGCUGUUGAUGCAGUUUUAAGAUUGAAAGGAUCUGGAAAUCUUAAAGCCAUACAAAUAAUUAAGAUUUCAGGUGGCUUACUUGAAGAAUCUUUUCUGGAUGAGGGAUUCUUAUUAAACAAAAAGGUUGGAGUGCAUCAGCCCAAGAGAAUUGAAAAUGCCAACAUCCUUAUAGCUAACACACCUAUGGACACUGACAAGAUAAAAAUUUUUGGUUCCACUAUUAAAGUAGACUCAAUGGCAAAGAUUGCUGAGUUAGAAGUUGCUGAGAAAGAGAAGAUGAAAGACAAAGUAAACAAAAUCUUAUCUCACAAAUGCAAUGUAUUUAUAAAUAGGCAACUUAUUUAUAACUACCCCGAACAAUUGUUUGCUGACGCUGGUGUGAUGGCAAUUGAACACGCCGAUUUUGAUGGUAUUGAACGACUUGCUCUUGUUACUGGAGGAGAAAUUGUAUCUACAUUUGACUCCCCUGAUAAAGUAAAGCUUGGUCACUGCAAAGUUAUUGAACAGAUACUUAUUGGUGAUGAAUGUCUGAUCCGUUUCUCUGGUGUGGAGCUUGGUUCCGCCUGCACGAUCAUCAUCCGAGGAGCCACCCAACAAGUGAUUGAUGAAGCCGAGCGAUCACUACACGAUGCUCUAUGUGUACUGGCUGCUACUGUAAAAGAACCUAAAGUUGUGUUUGGUGGUGGUGCAAGCGAGUUGCUGAUGGCGGAGGCGGUGUCCCGCGCGGCGGCGCGCACCGCCGGCAAGGAGGCGGCGGCCGUCGAGGCCUUCGCCGUGGCGCUGCGCCGCCUGCCCGCCGCCGUCGCCGACAACGCCGGCUACGACAGCGCCGACCUCAUAGCGCGACUGCGCGCGCACCACGCGCAGGGCGAGAACACUAUGGGACUUGAUAUGGAAAAUGGUCGUGUGGGAGAUAUGAAGAAGCUCGGCAUCACUGAAUCGUAUGUAGUGAAGCGCCAAGUUCUGUUGUCUGCUGCCGAAGCCGCCGAAGUAAUUCUUCGUGUGGACAACAUAUUGAAGGCAGCACCUCGCAAGCGUGGACCAGACCAUCGUCCAUGU